AUGGGAUGCGAAAAUAACCCAACAAUAAGCUUUUAUUUUUCUGGUCUUGCUGUUGUUUGGUUAUCUUUUACAAUAUGAUGAAUCUUUAAUACAUGGUACAGAAACAAGCGCUUCACAAAGCCUUUACAAAGAAUUAUGCUUCUGCUAUUAAUAUUCAAAACUCUAUGCAAUUUUUUCUUCUCGCUUUACUAUAUCUCUUGUGAAGAUUCAGCUGAAAGCUCAUAUUUUGCUUUAGCAGGAAUUUCUGCUUAUACUCUUUAUAACACAUUUAUAUUUGUGAUACUUAUUUUGAUCAGUAAAGGGUUCGGAAUAACUCGAGAUGUACUUGACCGUCAAGAAGUUACUUUAAUAGCUAUGACUAUGGGAGCUGUAUAUUUACUCUCUUCCUUUGGUAAUGAGCAAAGUUUCUGAUAGCUCUUAAAAGGGUUAAUUUCUUUUAAAAUUUGAUAAAAAAAAUUAUUCAUAUGAAUUUUACAAAAUCAAAAUUUGUAAAUAUAUAAAUUUAUUUUCAAAAACUGUUAAAAAUAUAAGAUAAUUUGCUAGAUAUCUCGUUAUAAAAAUUAUUAAUUAUACAUUAAUUAUUAUUUGUAAAAACGGUUAUAUAAAACAAUUUUUGCUUGGCCAAGGAGAAUUAAUUUUCCCAAAAAUAGAGAUUUUUCUAGUAGUUUGCUCGAUAAUUAGAGGUAUAGUUAGCCUUCAGCGCUUAUGUCAUUAAUCCUGAACUUGUUAUAGUGCUAAUUGCUAUGUUUGCAACUUUAUUUUAUUUGACAAUAAAAUAUUCAUAUUCCAAUAUUAAAACUUUACAAACCAAGCUUGGAUAUUUGAUUAGUGAAAAUAUUGUUCAAAUAAUACCAGCAGUGAGACAAAAAAUCUCCAUGCUAAAGGCAUUUGUAGUUUUAGUUUACUUUUAUUUUGCUCAAAAUAUUUUUACAAUACUCUUUCUAAUAAUGGGAGUCCAAAUUUUUAUGAGCCCUGACCGAUCUUACAGAAAUGGGAUUGAUAUUUUUACUGAGACAUGUGACUCUAUUUCUUUAUUGUGAAUUAUGUAUCUUUUCAGGUCCAAAGAUAGAGGAGUUUAUUUCAAUAUUUCCGUCAUAGGGAAUGAAGCCCCUGCUCAAGCUUUACCUCCUUUCCUUAAAGCUGGAAUUCCCAAAGGAAUUGAUGAAGAAGACAGGGAUAAUGUCUCAUUAGUAGUAUUUUGCCCUCAAGAAUUCGACAAAAGUAAGAGUUAUUUAGAUCACCCAUAUAGGAGACUUAUGAUAGCUACACCGAUCCCAAGAGCGCCAAUUGAAAGAUUUGAAGAAGAAAGACCUUAA